AUGCGUAUAAAGAAUAAAAUUCUUGGCCAAAUAGAGAAAAUAAUAUUUACGUAUACGCACACAAACAACGAACAAGCCACUACAAAAAGAAUGAUGUAGCUUGUACUAAAGAAAAAAGAAAUAUAUAAAGCUCACAAGUCCACUUUUCGCGUAACAAAAAUUAUCUUAGAAAGUAUCCUGAUCACCAGUGGGCGAGAAUAGCGUAUAAAAAUGUGUGUGCCUUCAGAAAUGCCUUUAUAAAUGCAAAUAUAUUAAUAUUUUAAAAAAUAUUCAUGGCGUCCAAACAAAAACAAAUGUCAAAGGUUUGGUUGUUAAAUCCAACGAUGAUCAUCUGUAACAAGAAGAAAACUAUAUUAAUCAUAGAAUCAAGUCAUACACAAUAGCCUAACACAUAAGUGGUCAGAAUACUGUAUUCUUUGUGAGCUUUUAAGUACUUCUGUAUUUUUUGGUCUUGAUUACAUUAAUUAUAAUAUCUGAUAUCAUAUGAGUAAUGCAUCUUUAGUUCAUGUUACCACUAAUAGUGGUGUUUCAAUCAAAUCGUUAGUAGCUUAGUUUUCUUGUCAUACACAAUGUGUAAAUAUGUCUUUACAAAUUUAUUGUACAUCUUUUAAAUGAAAAUGUUUAAAUAAUAUAUUAUUUUUAAGAUUAUUUUAAGAGUUUUUUAAAUACAAGAUAAAGCUGGAUAUCCAUUGUCUAUUUCAAUCUAUUAGAUAUAGUAAAUAAAGUAUAUAUAUAUUUAUAUAUUUGAUAGUAUUUAUGGUAUAGCUUGUAGUAGGUAUAUAAUAUAUUGUACCGUCUUCGCGUUAAGUAUCUACUAUCGCCCACUGGUGAUCAGGGUAAGCGAAAAGUGAAAAGUGAAAUUGUGAGAUUUUGUGUACUUCUGUUUUCUUUUUCAAGACUAUUAUUAUUAAACAUUUAAAAGAAUGUGUUCUUUAAAUGCUUGUUCAUGCGAUUUCAAUGAUGAUUUCACAACUAAAUUGAAUGAAAUACAAAUUUUGGAUUCUGAUCUGUGCAAAAAAUGCCGGACUGACAAGCCUGAAAUAAUAUUAAGAAAAAAGGAUGGAUAUUGCAAAGCUUGUUUUUUAAUAAAUUUAACGCACAAGUUUAGAGCAGCUUUGGGUAAAUCAAAAAUUAUUCAUCGAGGAGAUACAGUACUUGUUGGAUAUUGCGGCAGGGAAAAUUCAACCGCUUUACUACAUUUGAUAAAAUCUGGUUUAAAUGAAGUGGCUAAUAAAAAGAUUGUAUUUAAUGUAGUCAUAUUUUUUAUUGAUGAUGGUGGUGUAGAAGGAUAUACAGUAAAUGAAAGGAAACAGCUGUUAGAGACAAUAUCUGAACAAACGAAAACGUUUGGAUUUGUUGGAUAUACUGCAUCAUUAGAAGAAUCUUUAUGUGAAAAUGGUAUUCCAAAUAUUUAUUUGAUGGAAACUCCAGAAGUUGUAAUAGAUGAAAAUGAAGUUAUACCAAAUAUUCUUAAUAGUUUAGCUGAUGAUAGUGCAAGAAAAGAAUUAUUAAGGCGCUUACGUCAUAGACUUUUCAUCUUAGCGGCAAGAAAAUUAAAAUGCAAUAAAAUAUUUGUUGCUGAUGGCGCAACAAAUAUUGCUAUUAAUAUAUUGAGUGAUAUAUCACUUGGUCGUGGUGCUCAACUUUCUCCAGAUAUUGAUUUUUGUGAUACAAGAUAUUCGGAUGUUAUGCUUCUUAGACCAAUGAGAGAUUUUACAAGAGAAGAAAUAAUUCAUUAUUUAAAUUGUAAUAAUUUAAAUGUUUUACGAUCUAGUAAGGAAAGUAAAACUAAUAUGUUAACUUCCAUACAAGCAUUAACAAAUAAAUUCAUAUCUGAAUUAGAUUCAAAAUUUCAUGGAACUGUGUCUACAGUUUAUCGCACUGGUGAAAAACUAUUGACAGAAUUACUUGCAUGUCAAAAUGUAGAAGAAAACUCAGUAUGCGUUCUGUGCAAUAUACCUUUAGAUACAAAAGUGACAAAUGAUGAAAUGUCAGCUUUGCAAGCAACAACAUUUUCUGCUUUUUUAUCAUCAGAUAACGUAGAUGUUAAUAAUACUAAAGAAAAAACUAACAAUUUACUUAAUGUUAACUUAGAGGAAUUAACAGAGCAGAUUAGUUAUUCUGAAAAAAGUAAUCAGAAUAAGCAUACUGAUAGUAAUAUUAUUGAUGAAAAACAAUGUACCUGUAAUAACAAAAAAUGUAAAAGAUAUAAGACACAAUCCCUCUGCUUAGAUGAUAUAUUAAGACAUCUUUGUUAUUCUUGUCGAUUGAUAUUUCGAUCUUCUGACGUAACAAAAUCUAUACCUGCAUUUGUAUUGAAUGCAGUUCAAACAAAAUUAUUAUCAGAAAAUAGGCUGAAUUAAAUUACACAGAUUUAUUAUUAUAAAUGCUUAUUCAUAUAAUAAAGUGAAAUUGUUUUUUAUUUUUUUAUCGAUUACUUUUUUGAUGACAAUUGAAUUUC